AUGCGCAGAGCUCAAAGUGUCCGACAUUACGCGAGGCCGUCGCUGGCUCUGGGUGCGGAUGACCUCGGCAUGUUGAAGGAGAGCCCGGACGAAUCGAACGAAGAUGUGUUAAGGCGGCAAUUACUAGAGAAAGACAGAGAACUGGACAAGAUACAGUCAUUGCAGGCGCAAUUGCAAGCGCGGCCACCGCUCGAAGCGGUACAGGAACUACAGAAGGAAUACAAGAACUUGGAUCUACUCCUACAAGGGACGCAGCGCGAAAAUGAGCGCUGUAUGGCUGAAUUGGAGAGAGGCAAGAAUAGGGAGAAGAUGUUAGAGAAGGAACUGGAGAAACUAGCUGGCGUGAACUGGCAGCACACUCUGAAUAUCCCGUCCUCAAACGCGCACACCCGUCCUGGGUCUACCAGCAACGCUCCUGUCUCCACGCAGCCAGAAAAGACUGCACCCUCCCCUGCAGCAGUGAAUGAGACGAUGGCACACAUCGAGCAGGUCCGUUUGCUUAUCCUCGGCAUGGAGCAGCGGUUACAAGUCAGGGAGGAAAAACUGGCGAAGAGCAUCGAUAAAGCGCAAUCCGAAGGCCGCCGGUUCGAGGAGAUGAGGAAGCAAUUGGCGGCGCCGCAGGCGUCUUGA